AUGGCGGCGCCCUGUGCAGGAAUGGCCGGUCGGCCUCUGGGGAAGUUUCUGUCCUGUUUCAGGAGGACAGUGGCAGUGAGGACGGGGCUUCGUCAGUUUUCGGCUUCUUCUAUGUGUCGGGCAACGACUGCGACGGAGAGAGCGACCUCCCCGUGGAACCUGAUGGCGGCGGUGUGUUUGCAGAGGCUUCCCGUCAUCUCCGCGGAGAGCAGCCCGCUGGAGCAGCGCUUCAGACACAUGAUCCAGCAGAUGGAGCUGGAGAAAAGCCUGCUGUCGGACCACGAGCUGCGGCUGCUGGAGGACGCUGAGAGGAUGAGUCGUAAGCAGUCGGACGACUAUGACUCAGAUGAGGAGGACGGCGGCAGGGACCAGGACAUUGUGUUAGCUCAGGACCUGGACGACUCCUGGGAGCAGAAGCUGAAGAACUUCCAGCCAGCACCGAGGGUCAGCGCUGAUGUAGAUAAGGACCUGUCCUCUGUGCAGCGCUGCCUGGCCGACUCGCUGGUUCUUCUGGCUGAGCAGCAGGUCGGCAGCGGGAAGCUGUGGCUGCUGCCUCAGGCUCCGUGGCAGGAGGGAGAGACGCUGCGACAGACCGCAGAGAGAGCCCUCGCCUCCCUGCCAGCAGCUGGUUUCAAUGCAACCUUCCUCAGCAAUGCCCCCUGCGGAGUGUACAAGUACAAACUGCCCAAAGCUGCUCGGACGGACAGUUCUGAGGGAACAAAGGUCUUCUUCUUCAAAGCCGUUCUGUCAGACAUCGCUCCCACCACAGCCAUAAACGCCCCCUUCAUGUGGCUGCAGAAAAGUGAACUGCAGCGCUACCUGAAGCCAGCAUACAUGAUGAAGGUUGAACGCUUCAUCCUUGACCUGUGAAGCCUGGAACAUUUACAAGGGACACUGACUUAGAGAAUAAUAUUUAUGAAGCCCAGAAAGUAUCUCUGUCAUUUAUGUGUUGUCCUGUACCAUAUAAUGUUCUUUCAGUCAAUAGGACACAUAUGUUUAA